AAGAGCCUCGGAGCUAGGAGGGCGGCUGAAGUGUCGCAUGGCACUAAACGUUGUCCAUGUGUAUGUUUACCCUGGAUAAACAGUUCUAACUUCAGUCUUCAACUGCUGAGAACUGCAGAACAAGUACUCAUGGAGGGGGCAGAAAGACUGGAUUAUAGAGGAGUAGAAGGGACCGACAACGUCGCCUUCGACUUCUCGGACAUGCGGAAUUUCUCUGACAUGAGGAUGACCCGAGCGGCGACCCUGGACGAAGCAGAACUGGACCAGCUCACGGACCUGUUUUCCGACUUUCCCCUGGCCGGAGAGGAACAGCCGCCGAUUUCCCUGGAGCCUUUACCUUCCAACCACUCAACAGACAACAGGAAAGACAAUAAAAACGUCAACGGCACGCCAAACACAGAGGCUGUGGAAAACAAUCGUCCUCAGCGCGUUUCGGUUACAUCCAACACUGCGUCGUCUGCCGCAAAGAAGCGGAGGCUCAUGAUUAACCUCAUUGUGCAGAGCUUCGGGUUCCUCCUGCUCUUCACCGCCUACCAAUCGCUUCAGAACCUACAGAGCAGUAUCAACGACGACCGGAACAUCGGUCAGACUUCUCUCGCCGUUCUCUACGGUGUCCUCAUCCCCUCCUGUCCAUUCCUAGCGCCGGUCGUGAUGGGCCUCUUGGGCCUCAAGUGGACCAUCACUGGAUCCAUGGCGUUGUACGUUGUCUUCACCAUCGCGAACUAUUGGUUAGAGUUCUACACCCUGAUCCCUGCGUCUGUGCUGGUCGGGGCGGCUGCUGCGUGUCUGUGGGCGGCGAACGGCGCGUAUCUUACCGAACUGGCCAUCAAAUACGCACAGGUCAGCAAGGAGAACCUCUCGGUGGUCAUCACCCGAUUCUUCGGCAUCUUCUUCGGCAUCUUCCAGACCUCCCAGAUCUGGGGUAACCUGAUCUCCUCGCUGGUGCUCCGGCAGCGCGCGGAGAGCCCCGGACCGGUCCCCGAGGCGAACCUGACCCACUGCGGCGCGUCUCACUGCCCGGAUGCCGGGGACGUUAGUUUUACUCUCCCGCAGGGCCAUUCUCUCCGCGUGACGCUCAUCAGUAUCUACCUGGCCUGCGGCGUUCUGGCUGUGCUUAUCAUGGCUCUGUUUGCCGACAGGAUGAAGGAGUCGGAGCUACAGCACCACUGCCUGAGUAUCUGCAGACGGAAGCCUCCACCUGACACUGCACCUGAGGAUCCAGUCGCUCAGCAAGCGGUCGCUGAGCAACAGGAAGACGCUCCGGCGACGGACUGGAGACUGCUGUGCGACCGGUUCAUCGUCGCCUGGAGGUUCCUGUUCGAGGAGAAGCGGAUGAUGCUCCUCAUCCCCCUCAUCACGUACGGUACCAUGCAGCAGGCUCUCAACGUGGCCGUCUUCACAAGGGUAGGUACCAGUUCCUCAUCCCCCUUUUCACGUACGGUACCAUGCAGCAGGCUCUCAACGUGGCCGUCUUCACAAGGUGUUGGCCGUAUCUUGGCGUUUGUCGGGUGCACCCUGGGAGUCCACUGGAUCGGCUAUGUGAUGAUCUGUUACGGCGUGUGUGACGCUUUCUCCGCAUUUCUCAUCGGCAGGAUUCGCAACUGGGUUCCGAGUUUUGGACAGAAUGAUCUUUUUCAUUCUGUCACUCAUUCUGUCAAUCAUUCUUCUAUUCCCUCAUUCCCCACCAGACAGGCGCUGGUAGCUGUAGGCGCAGUGCUGAACCUGGGACUGAUGAUCCACCUGUUGGCGCUCACGCCCCACCCCAAGUACGCUGCGGUCUACUUCGUGCACGUGGGGCUGUGGGGCGUGGCGGAUGCCAUCUGGCAGACACAGAUCAACUCUCUGUACGGAGUGCUGUUCCCCGGAUGUCAGGAGGUCGCCUUCUCCAUGGACGGCUUCUGGGGCGCCAUCGGCUACACGGUCGCGUUCGGGUACGGCGGUUAUCUCUGCGCAGCCGUCAAAAUCUACAUCCUCCUGACGCUCCUCUGCGUCUCCAUGACAACCUACACUGUGCUGGAGGUGAUGGAGUGGAGAAAGGCGCUACAGGAGUCAGCUGAGGCACGAUGACGUACCGUGUUCGUUCGUUGACGUUGUUAGUUUUUUUCUGUUCUAUUCUGCUUU